UUUGUAGAAAAAUUAAGAUGUUAACAUUUGUGGAUGGGAAUUUUUGACACUUCCCAUGUUGUAUUUUGCUCUGUUUGCCUCCACCCAACAUCCUCCAAUCUCAUCUCUUAAACCAAAUUCUGCCCCAAGCCCACACCACAUGCUCUUAACCCCAUCUCUUUUUACGCAAUUCCCAAAUUUACCCUCCAUUUCCCUCCCUUCUCCAUGCCCAUUUCUGCCAUUUCACAUGGCCUCUUGCUGCUGCUACUACUCUUGAUCAUUUGGGAGGCUGCACAUUUUGAUAUGUUGAAUUGUUGAUGUUAUUACAUACAAGUAAAUGAAGAUUUAUAAUUUGUUUUGCACUGUUUGAUGAUUAUGAAUUUUAAGAUUCUUCAACCUCUUCAAUGGCUGAUCCUGAACCAGAGAAAGCUAAAGUCUCUUCUUCUCUUAACAUGUCUUCUAAGAAAGAGCUUCUUUCCACAGCCAUGAAGAGAACCAGUGAAUGGAUCUUUUCCCAAGAAAUUCCAAGCGAUGUCACAGUUCAUGUUGGAGAAGCAUCCUUCUCCUUGCAUAAGUUCCCACUUGUUUCAAAAUGUGGCUAUAUAAGAAAACUAGUAUCAGAAUCAACUGAUGCUGAUCUUGCAACUGUUGAGCUCCCUGAUUGUCCCGGCGGGUCCGAAGCGUUCGAGCUAGCUGCCAUGUUUUGCUAUGGGAUAAACUUCGAGAUCGGCACCGAGAACAUCGCGAUGCUCCGGUGUGCAGCAGAGUAUCUUGAGAUGACGGAGGAAUACGCAGUCGGAAACCUAGUUGGGAGAACUGAGGCAUAUAUAAAUGAAGUUGCACUCAAAAGCCUUGCAGGGGCAGUUUCUGUUUUGCAUAUGUCUCAAAGCCUUCUUCCAACAGCUGAGAAGGUUAAAUUGGUGAGCCGUUGCAUUGAUGCUAUUGCCUUUGUAGCUUGCAAAGACAGCCAGUUUAGUAUGUUAGGAAGAGCUUCUGAUAUUGGCCAUCAUAAUAAAGGAUUAACUCAGCCUAAGCCUAUUGUUGAUUGGUGGGCUGAGGACUUAACUGUUCUAAGAAUUGAUAUCUUCCAAAGAGUUCUUGUUGCAAUGAUGUCAAGAGGCUACAAACAUUACUCUCUCGGUCCGGUUCUAAUGCUCUAUGCGCAAAAAUCGCUCCGUGGCUUGUUUGUGCAGCAGGAGGUAUUUGGGAAGGGGAGGAAGAAAAUUGAGCCACAACAAGAGCAUGAGAAGAGAGUAGUAUUGGAAACAAUUGUGAGUCUUCUGCCAAGAGAGAAGAACGCAUUGUCGGUUAGCUUUCUUUCGAUGCUUCUCCGUGCAGCGAUUUAUCUCGAGACAACGGUUGCUUGUCGGUUAGAUUUAGAGAAGAGAUUGGCUGCACAAUUAGGACAAGCUGUUUUGGAUGAUCUUUUGAUUCCCUCAUAUGCCUUCACUGGAGAUACAUUGUUCGACGUUGACACCGUGCAGCGGAUCAUGGUGAAUUAUCUUGAAUUAGAAGUCGAUGCGAAUCAAUCCGGGUACACUGGGAAUGAGGAACACGUUUCGUCGUCAUCAGGCGACUUCGAAAGAGUGGGAAAAUUAAUGGAGAAUUAUCUAGCUGAAAUUGCAUCGGACCGCAACGUAUCUGUCUCGAAAUUCAUUAAUCUUGCUGAACUAAUUCCUGAACAAUCAAGAGCUACAGAAGAUGGAAUGUACAGAGCCUUAGACAUCUACUUGAAGGCUCAUCCUGCAUUGAGUGAUAUGGAAAGGAAGAAAGUGUGCAGUUUAAUGGACUGCCAGAAGCUAUCAAGAGAAGCCUGUGCUCAUGCCGCACAAAACGAUCGACUUCCUGUUCAAACGGUGGUGCAGGUGCUAUAUUACGAACAGCAACGACUCCGCGACGUCAUGAAUGGCAGUGCCACCGGAGUUGAGUUGCCUACAGUUCCUGCUAAAUUAAGCAUAUACUCAGCUGAAACAGCAGCAGCUGCACACCCAGUUUCAGAUGAACUCUCCAUUUUGAGAAGAGAGAAUCAGGAUCUAAAGCUGGAGCUUGUGAAAAUGAAAAUGAAAAUGAGAGAGUUUGAGAAACCAUCCAUAAGCAGUCCACAAACAAACACUCAGAUGCCGCCUACUGCUGAGAAGCCUCCACUGCCCAAGAAAUCAUUCAUGAACUCAGUGUCGAAGAGGCUCGGUCGCCUCUACCCCUUCGUCCGUGCCGAUGGAGUCACGUCCAACUCGAAAGGCCGAGUAAGGCCAGCUAAGGACCGGCGGCAUUCGAUUUCUUGAGGCAGCCUUGGAUCUAUACAGCAUUGUGAAGAGUCUUGUUUUCCAUUUCUUUUUGUUGUUUUCUUUGUUUUGCUUCCAAGGAUUUGCAAACUUUCAAAAACCCCUGCCGCCAUUUGGUACUUUUGUAAUCUAUCUUAUGUUGUAAAUAAUAUUGACAUUUAUCAGUGUUUGUAAUAAGAUAAGAGAGUUGAGAAACAGAACAAAA